CAAAUCAAAAACACUGCUGAGGGUUCAGAUCAGCUUCCUUUACACGGCUCUCCGAGGGCACUUUAAACUCGCAGAUUAUUACCAUUUGCUUUGUCGUAUGCUUUAAAGUGUACUCGUGGUUCAUGUUGGAAACUUUGGUCACGUUUUUUUGUAUUUGCAAGAGAAACAGCGAAUCUCAGGUUCCUCUUUUUGCUGCCCAGAACAUAAACACACUAUGCUAGCUAACUAGCUAGGUAAACCGUUCCUAGUUGCCAGAUAUGGACGAAUGAAUUCUGCCCAUAAAUGCAGCGGAGUCCUGUGAACGUCACGGCAUUUCUCUCUCGAAAGGUGUUCCUGCCAGCAGAAGAGCCUGGAGGCCACAAUCCCCAUGAAGUACUGUGGCUCAGAGGAGAACCAGCGGCUGGAGAGGCUGUUGAGGGACAACCUGGCGAGAGAGAUGCGGCUUUGGAGAGCACCCAUUCUCAAAGGUGGAUGCAUACAGGGGUCUGACAUUGCUCCAUCUCUGUACCAGGAGAUGGUCAUAUGGUUGCGUGAAAUGAGUGAGAUGUUUAAGUUUGGUUCCGAGACAUUUGCUUUGGGAGUCUGUGUCCUUAACAGAUUGCUGGCAACCGUGAAGGCCCAGUCAAAAUACCUCAAGUGCAUGGCCAUCACCUCACUGAUACUUGCUGCAAAAAUCAAUGAGGAAGAUGAGGUGAUUGCGUCGGUUAAAGACCUUCUGGCGCAGAGCGGAUGCAACUUUUCAACAGCAGAGAUUCUUCGCAUGGAAAGGAUCAUCCUUGAUAAGCUGCACUGGGACCUGUACACCGCAACACCAGUCGACUUUGUUUACAUCGUAAGUAACAGCUGACACAUUUUCCCCUCAUUUGUUUUCCUCAGUUCAGACUAAACACAAUGGUACGACACAAGAACAUCGAACCUCUUCUUUUAACAUGGCUAUUGCAAACAUUACCAAAAUGGAGUCUUGGUCCUUCAAAUUGUGCAUUGGUUGGGCAUG